AUGGACGAAACGGAUGAUUUAUCGCCAUACAUGCAGCAGCUGGAACUCUUCCGCCGCAAUGAUUUCACUCGUGAUCAGAUGAUUCAGGACCUACUUGCUCGUCACGGCCAACUUCAGCAAGCUUACCGCGACAAGUGCGAUGAUUACAAUAAUGAGCGUGAAUCGCGUCGGAUGUGGCAGACCAAAGCCAAUAAUCUGGGAAGGGACGUAGCUACUCUGAACAAGGCAAAUGAAUCUAAUCCAUUCGUAUUUGUUAUUAUUGAUGGCGACGGUGCCAUCUUUCAAGAAGCCUUACUGAAGAAGGGCGCCGAAGGAGGCGCCGAAGCCGGUUAUCUGCUGUGGACUGAGAUUAAGAACUACGUUACCGAAGCCUACCCAGAGGCCGCCAUCGAAGACUGGAACAUAAUCGUACAAGUGAUCCUCAACAUGGACGGUCUCGCAAAGAAGCUCCACUCCUCCGGCAUCAUCCCGUACACCUCUACAGAACGAACCCUUACCGAGUUUGGGCGGGGCUUUGGCCGCGCGCAGCCUCUAUUCAGCUUCAUCGACGUCGGCGCGGGCAAGGAGUCGGCCGACCACAAAAUCCGCGAGAUGCUCCGCGUCAUGGUCCGCAUCACCCAGUGCAAGCACAUCUUCUUCGGCCCUUGCCACGAUAACGGAUAUCUCCCCGUCCUGGAGCCGUAUAAGCUAGACGAUAAGGUGGCUUCAAAGUUCACCCUCAUCGAGACGACGCCGGCCGAGGAGGGCUUUAAACACCUCAAGUUCCAGAGGGUUAUAUUCAAGUCUGUCUUUAUGUCAGAAAAGCUCCCCGACAGGUUCCAGCGACCGAGCAUUACGAGCAUGCCUCCUCCACCCCCACCCUCGUCGACCAUCACCAUCCCCACCGCCGCUAAGCCGCCGACCGGCCCGGCUCACACCAACUCGGCCAACAACGGCGCUCCGCUGAGACCGGCGGCAGCAGAGCCGUCCAGCGUCGCCAGUGUCGCCAGUCCGACCUCCAGCGGCCCUCAGACCCCCGUGUCUUCGUGGUCUACAUUGACGCGGGUCUCGACAGCGCCCAAGCCCAUUGAUAUCUUUUCUACAAAGAAGGCACCGCAGCCGAAAUACUACCUGCUGAACGCCGAUAGCCAGCGCAUCGACGAGCCCCUACCCAAAGUCGACCCCAUGAUAGAGAAAAGGUUCAACGCGCGCAUGACGGAGACGGGCAAAAAGUUUUGCAACAACUACCACCUCCACGGCGAGUGUAAGAACCCAAACUGUACCUACAUUCACGGUGAUAAGCUCAGCGCUAGCGAGUUGGUCCUAUUGAAGCAAAAGUCCCGUGGGAUCCCGUGCAGCAUGGGUUCCGAGUGCGACGACAUUAGCUGCACCCUCGGCCACCAUUGCAGAUGGCUCAAGGAUUGCAACCACAAUUACUGCCGCUUCCAGGGCUAUCACGACAUCAGUCCCAAACCGAGGGUCAAAGUCUUUGAGGAUGGGAGUAUGAAGAUUAUCGACAAGCUCUGA